CUGGUGACGAAAGUCUGUUUAAAGACCUUUUAACAAUUCCAAACGCAUUGGCAAUUGUUUUCGCGUAGCCUACUGAGGUGAAUAAAACCACUGAAAACCCAUUCAGUUCUGUCACAGAACAAGUCAUUAAUAAGUGGUGGAACAGAGACGCUCUGACCUCUGAGUGAACCUCACCGCCAGGAAAUACACCGACACACACAGACGAGCAGAGCGCAGGCAAAGACGCGACAUAUCGUCAAAUUACAAUAACAGUUAGGUGUCUGUAGCUAGUCGAAGGCAGUCGAUUUGAAAGCUAAUAAACAGGCGAGUCGAAACUUUAAUAUCGGGGUCGCUGAAAAACCGAAGCAUUACGCCGGGGAAUUAUGCACAAGAUGCCUGGUCAACUCGACAGCUUGAAGCCCAGAAAGAGGAAGAGCAGCUCUGAGGUCAAAAGCUCCAGAAAGGCUUCUGCUACAAGGAGGAGAUGUAUGAAAAGUCCAAAGGUGCACUCUGCAGCAGAGAGCAGUCCAGUAGUCAGUGGUAACAGUAAAGCAGACGGCCGUCUGAGGAGAGAGUCCCGCAUCGGCUGUGAAUGCCACCAGUCUGCAGGCAGGAGGAGAUGCUCAGCAUCACCAGAGCUCGAAGGACAGGAGGGAAAAGAAAACGAGCUGAGGACAGGGCUGGAUUUGGACAGCUGCAGAGUGAACGGCAUCUUGGACAAACAUGAGUCUGAGGACAUGGAUUGUGAAGAAACCAGCAAAAACAUCUUCCCAGAUGACGACAGUAAUCAGAUUCUUCCUGUGGAGCAGUUCUUUGGAAACUUGGAUGCUGUACAGGACUUUCCUCAGAGAUCAUCGACGACCUCUGCCUGCGUUCAGAGGGAGAACAGGAGACGACAUUACUACGCACGAGAGGACAGUGACGAAGAGGAGGUGGACCUCAGCAGUAUACAGCGAGACGACAGAGGGACUUAGUGAAGAGUACUGCGCCGAUGAUUGUGGUGGACUUAAAGCCUGUGGAUGGACAGAAAACCCCUCAGCACUUAAGAAAAACAGCCAAAUUAAACUACCUAUUCAGAUGUGGCAUUCAGUCAGUCCCAAAAUCAUAACAGUGUCACAAAUAUACCAUGUGUGACGAUGCUCAUGUGUCACUGGUGAUGAAAUUGCCCACUGCGAUGUGACUAAGGUAGCCAACAUUAUAUGGGUGUAUUUGCUAUAAACCCGCUUCCAGUACCCCGCUAUGUGCUGAAGCGAUUCGUCACACCUCAAAAACGUGAGCAUCACAGGACUCGUUGAAGUUUACCACAGGUAUGUAUGACUUUGUUUGAUGCAAGUUCUUGAUGGUAACUUGGAAAUUUACGACUUUUGACUUGACAAGGACCGUCCAAACACACACAAAUGCCAAAUUGUAUUCAAUUCAAAUUCAAUUUGGCCUGAUACCUGGAUAUUUUCUGAUUUUCAUUUGAUAAUUUUUGAACAUAGCUACAGUAAUGGGGUUAAUAUAGCCACCUGUGAGAAACAUAUACAGUAGUGCUUGUUUUAUUAUUUAUUGCUGAAUUUAUGCUCCCACCACCCCUGGUUCAGUCAUCUUUGGUCUUACCUGGAAGGUGUAUUGGCACAGCACUUUAUUUAGACAAAUCAGUCCACACUGCUUCAUAAUUUGAGUGCAAGUUUGCAGUUUGAGAUUAGCUUUGAGAGAUGCCAAACAGUGCUGGAUUAAAAUAACAAAUUCCAAAAAGCUUAUGUUUUCACUAAUUACAAGUUAUAAAAUGUAAAAUGCACAAGUCAUACUGCAGCAUACUGACUUCAUGUUCUGGUUUCAGCCUAUAAAUAUGAGGAAGGAGGAUACACACGCCAAAGAGCAGUUCCAUAAUGAGAGCUUUUAAUAUCACAUUCAGUGUUUAAGAUGAAUGUCAACAGUUUUCUAUAUAAGAACGAUUGUUCACAAAGUGUCUAAUAUUCCUCCUCAACACAUCUUUGUGUGCUUUUUGGCAGCUGCUUAACAUCUUAUUAGCUUAACAGCUAAUCUCUGAUAAGGUUCCUGAUAGGUUCAUAUUUGCAAACGUGACAAAAUUAUAUGUAAAAUGUAUUAUUAAAAAAAAACAUGGACUAAAAACAUUGCGGUUUCUGAUAAGUGUUCAGUUUGUAAGUAAACUGAGGAUAACUUAAACCUGACUUUAAAACUGUAAUCUAGUCAUCUAACUUUGAAAGUUAACAGUAAUUGCACUAUUGCUAUUCACAUUUGUUGUAGUAUUUUGUAUACAGCUGAUUGUUCUGACCAUCCAAUCAAAUGUUUUAUAUAUUUUUACUGCCUUAUUUAUGCAAAAUGCUUUUCAUAUUCUCCUAUGCAACUUUCUGAGUGAAUGCCUCGUACAUUUAGCAGUCAUUGUAAUCGAUUCAUGUAUUUUACAUCACCGUGCCAACACAAAGAACAAAUAAAUGUUUUUCAUGAUUUCAA